AUGGGCUCAGGAUCUCCUCCGGCCCCGAAGCCUUCUGCCAUUCCAUCCCACAUGUUGAACGGCAGCUCCCCUUUGCAGUCAUCAUCGGGCACUGGCCCUGGAAACAGAACGCGUGAUGCCCGCGAACGUGAGAGCCUUAACACCUCUAUCCGCUCCUCCUUUGCCCCAAGAGUUCCCGUGGGGUUGGGGUUCGAUGUUGAGGAUGUUCAGUCUGCCCCACCUCCAUCUGAUGAUGCUACCGUCCGCGAAGAAGGGCCCACCCACCGUGCCCUCGCAAUUCGCGGAAGACCUACUUUGAAUGACCCACCCCGCGAUCCCCGGGAUGAGGCCGAUCCGUUGACCCCGCCAGCGACGGCAUCCCGCCCCGCCAGCCCCUACACAUUGAACCCCCCAAUCGACUUUGAUGGACUCAGUUGGCCCUGCCCCGGAACCCGGCAGCGCUUGGAGUCGACACCUGAAGAAAACGAGGAACGUGUGAAGAAGCUGGCAGGUGCUGUACGAACAAUCCUGGAGUGUGUCGGUGAAGACCCUGAACGUGAGGGCCUUAGAGAGACCCCCGAGCGCUAUGCCAAGGCUAUGCUCUACUUCACGAAGGGAUACGAAGAGAACGUGCGGGACUUGGUGAACGGAGCAGUUUUCCAUGAAGAUCAUGAUGAACUGGUCAUUGUGAAGGACAUUGAUGUCUUUUCUCUGUGUGAACACCACAUGGUCCCCUUUACUGGAAAGAUGCAUAUCGGAUACAUCCCGGAUCGCCGUGUCCUGGGACUUUCCAAAUUGGCCCGUCUGGCUGAAAUGUUCUCUCGCAGACUUCAAGUUCAAGAACGCUUGACUAAGCAAGUGGCUUUGGCUAUUUCGGAGGUGCUGAAGCCUCGUGGUGUUGGUGUUGUCAUGGAAUCUUCCCACCUUUGCAUGGUCAUGCGUGGUGUGCAGAAGGUUGGCAGCACCACCACCACGAGCUGCAUGCUGGGAUGUAUGCGGUCAAGUGCCAAAACCAGAGAGGAGUUUUUGACCCUCCUGAAUCGACGAUAA